UGACAAACAACUGAUCCAUUUGUGGACAGGUUACCUUAUAAAAUUAAAGAAUUAAGUUUAAUUAGAAAAUGUCUUUUAUAACAAGAAAAACAUUAAGAUUGUUAAAAAUACGAAACUCGACCCAUAGUUCGUGUAAACUUAGGCAGUUGAGUACACAAACGAAAGCUACUUUAAAUGAAGAAUCCGAUAAAAGUAAACAAACUCAUUUUGGUUUCAAAACAGUGAAUGAGGAAGAGAAAUGGAAAAAAGUGCACGAAGUAUUUGAAACAGUAGCUGAAAAGUAUGAUGUGAUGAAUGAUGCAAUGUCACUUGGAAUACAUAGGAUUUGGAAGGAUAUUUUCAUUCAAAGAUUAGCACCCACACAUGGGACAAAACUCCUAGAUGUUGCUGGUGGAACGGGUGACAUUUCAUUUAGGUACAUAGACUAUUUAAAAAAUUUGGGUCAAGCACCAGAAAAUAAGCAAAGCUCAGUCACUGUCUGUGAUAUUAACCAAGCUAUGCUUGAUGUUGGAAAAGUUCGAGCUCAAAGACAAGGAUAUACAAAAGAAUUGACUGGUGUUGAUGUUCAAUGGUUAUGCAGUGAUGCAGAAAAGCUGUCUUUACCAGAUGAAAGCUUUACGGCAUAUACUAUCGCAUUUGGCAUCAGAAACUGUACACAUAUUGAUAAGGUCCUAGAAGAAGCUUACCGUGUCCUCAGCCCCGGUGGUCGAUUUAUGUGCUUAGAAUUCAGUCAGCUACCUAAUUCUGGAAUGCAAUGGUUGUAUGACCAGUAUUCAUUUCAAAUAAUACCAGUAUUAGGACAGCUUAUAGCCGGCCAAUGGAAGCCUUACCAAUAUUUAGUAGAAAGUAUCAGACAAUUUCCAAAUCAGGAAAAGUUCAAAUCAAUGAUAGAGGAUGCGGGAUUUAGACAGGUGACUUACGAAAAUUUAACAUUUGGCGUCGUCGCGAUUCAUUCAGGUUUUAAGAUAUAGUGAUUAAAGGUAUUUAAUUUGUUA